CUCCGAGUCAGUCAUUAUCAGUCGAUCACUGGACCACGCAACAUUUGGGUUCUGUCCGUUCUCGUCAAGUCAAAGAGAUGGGUCUACAAAGUAAAUGUGUAAUCAUUGCGCUCAUCUUUGUCGUUGUUAGCAGUGUGACAUUGGCAAAGAGAAGAUGUGAGAAAAUUAAGAUACCGUUCUGCAAAGGACUUGGUUACAAUACAACGAUAUUCCCGAACAAUUUGGACCAGGAUACACAAGAUGAGGCGAAGCAAAGCGCAAGUGAAUUCACAAGUCUUGUUAAAAUUCAAUGUUCGCCCGAAAUAGCCCUCUUUCUCUGUGCUCUUUACGCUCCAGUAUGUACCCAGAUGCAUAAACCACUUCCACCCUGUCGAUCUUUAUGCCAGAACGCUCGCGUUGGUUGCGAAGGGUUGAUGAACGACUAUGGAUUCAAAUGGCCGGAUCGCUUCAAGUGUAGCAACUUCCCUGAACACGGGCUCUGCAUUGGACGCAACGCGAGCAGCUCAAGUCAUGAAACACAGAAAUUAAAGCCAGGCAAGAAAGUCUCGGUGCACAAAAUCCGUAAGAAGAAAUGUGCGAAGGAGAGCCACGAUGGGAAGCUUUGCUGUAAACUUGGUCGAAGAGCGGCAAAGAAAGGUUAUUAUUGUAACUUGAGAAAAAAGGACGAUAAUGAAUCUCGCAAAACUAUCAGGUUCCGUAAAUUGGUGAUCAGAAAAUGCUCGCUCCACAGCUCGUGUUUCCGUUCGUGCUGUGAAGUUUCCUUGAGAAAACGUCGAAGCAACAAACGAAAUGCAAAACGAAAAAUCAAGAACAGAGAAUGAACAAAACUGAUGACGUGAUGCAAAAUCUUUUAGCCUGUGUAUGAAAUAUAAAGUAAAUCGCACAUUUUUUUCUAGGGGGUAGUUUAUAUAUAAUAUGUAUAAUAACAGCUGGUGAUUUACAGGGUUUCAUAUCAUAUGCUUCUUGUAAAACACUAUUUUGAACUUAACAAUCUUUAGUAUAAUAAAGAGAAUCUAACAGUAAGUGGUUCUCUCGCAGGACAAUCAUAAGCAAUUAUACGUUUGUCAUUGCAUCCAACACAACAUAGAAUUUGCGCAUGUUAAUGUGGCUCCCCGCAAUUUUCGAAAUGAACUGGUCAUUUAGUUUUUUUUUUAAAAAUUAAUUCUUGUUAGAGAACGAAAAUUGCUGCUGUUAUAUAUAGAAACAUAUUCGACUCGGUCCUCCGAUUCGAAAUUUUAAAACGUUCUCAGGCGAACGUGUUUUUACAAACUUACCGCAUGCUUUACUUCUCUAAAAAGAAACAUUUUAUGAAACAAAUAAAAAAAGGGGAACUUCCAAAAUAUCUUUAAAGUAAAACGCGUUAGAAGGAUAGAAUCACCAUUUUCUCGAUAUUUUUCGACUACCAGGAUAUGUUUGUGUCACAAUUUUUUUUCUCUAACAAGAAACCUGUUUCCAAAAAAUAGCUUAUCAAAGAGGCAGCACUGAGCGCUAUAUAGUGCGCAUGCAAAUGGUGAAUUAUCAGAGAUAAAUAUUUGCAUGUUGGUUUUGUAUUUGGAAAUAUGAAACACAGAAGUGCUAAUUUAGAUUCAGCUGAUGUAAACACACGCACCAAUAUCCGUCAAGUGGAUUUGUAAAGUAUAAUAUAAUAAAGAAAAUUAUUGAAACUUA